AUGUGUUACUAUGGCAGAUACUAUGGAGGCCUGGGCUACGGUUAUGGUGGUCUAGGCUAUGGCUAUGGCUGUGGCUAUGGUGGCUAUGGUUGUGGCUGUGGCUAUGGUGGCUAUGGUUGUGGCUAUGGCUAUGGCUGCUGCCGCCCACUGUGCUGUAGAAGGUAUUGGUCUUAUGGCUUCUACUGA